UUGAUAAUCCAACAGUUGACACAAUAACAACAACUAUAAAAAGAUCAACAUCAGGUUUUCUUAUUAUAUCACCAACAUCAUCAUCAUCAACUAUUACAAAUUCUUCAACAUCAACAUCAUCAACUAAUACACAUUUUAAUUAUGAAAAUCUUUCCUCAACAAUACUAUCGAAAACAUCCGAUAAUACCAAUAAUAAUAAUAAUAAUGAUAAUAAUAAUAAUAAUAAUAAUAAUAAUAGUUCUAAUAAUAGUUCAUUUCAAUGGCCAGCACAAAUUUCGCAGUUUCGUCGACCACAAAAUCUUAAUGCAGGUAGUCAAACACCAAAUCCACCUCCAACAACACCUUAUACACCACCACCAAUGCUUAGUCCAUUUCGAAAAGGUUCAGGUCUUUAUUAUCAUGUUUUUUCUCAAACAACGCCAGCCGCACAACAAACAUCUACUGUAGCAACACCUAUUCUACCAUCUACACCAAUACCUGAUGAAAUAUCAGGACCAAAAAUUAAUAUCGGAAAAGAUUAUCAAGCUAUUAUUCCAGAACUUCAAACGAAAAUUGACAAUGAUGAUAUAGAUCAUGAUGAAUUAUUAUUUUCUCCAUCUCAACUUCCAUAUCUUGAUGAACGAUCACUUGAAAAAUAUGAACAAUUAAGUCGAACAAAUCCUUUAUUAUUUUCUCCACGUCAUUCUCCAACAUUAUAUCCAAUAGAAUUAGUAUAUAUGUUAUUACAUGAAUAUAAUGGUGAUUUACAACGUACAUUAGCUGCUUUACUUGAUGGUACAGCUCAAGGUAUAAAACAAUGUCGACCAUUACAUCGAUAUCAUUUUCCUGAAUGUGAUAUAUGGACUAAAGAAGAAGUUGAUGCAUUUACAAAAGCAAUGGAAACAUCAGAAAAAAAUUUUCUACUUGUUAGUCAAGCAGUUGGAACAAAAAGUGUAAAACAAUGUAUUGAAUUUCAUUAUAUGCCAAAAGUAAAUCUUAUAGCUCGAGAAAAAGGAAUAAAUUCAUUAACAACAAAACGAAAACGAUUACAAAUGUUAAAAAAUAAACAACAUUUACAAAAACAAACAUUUGAUGAUGAAUCAUCAUCAUCAUUGAAUGAAUUUCGUUUAGAUGAUGAUGGUAUGACAGUGAAUAGUGAUAAUUCUUCAGUAGCUCAUUUUUCCUGUGAUAUUGACAAUUGUUUACAGACAUUUACAAGUGAACGAGCAUAUCGUGCUCAUCGUAAUGAUCAUCGUCGUAUAAAGAACAAUAUAACACCGCCGACAAAUACCAAACGAAGUCGAAAUCUCGAUUUGAACAAGUGA